UGAAAACAAACAUACAAAAAACUCGUCAUUACCCAUCGCACCCACAAUACUCCACUUUUCGCUCAUUUGUUUAGUGUGUCAAAUGGAGAAACUGAGGAAAAUGGUGAACCACAUAGCCUAUACACCACCCCAAGACAGGUUCCAUACACUCUCCACACUCCAACUCUCUCUAAUCCCUCUUCUCUCAUUAGCUUCCACUCUCUACGGCGUCGCACUUCCCCUCCGUCAUCGCCUUUACCAACUUGGUCUGCUUCACAAAGACAGGUUGCCGGUGCCAGUGAUUAGCGUUGGGAAUUUAACUUGGGGAGGUAAUGGGAAGACUCCAAUGGUUGAAUUUCUUGCACUUUGGUUGGCUGCUGCUGGAAUUUCACCUCUUAUUCUCACAAGGUUGUACAAACACAAGGCUCGUAUUUUGCGAAAAUGUUUUCUUCUGCAGGGUUAUGGUGAUGCAGAUGAAGCAAAAAUGCUCCAAAGGCAUCUGUAUGGGAUACCUGUGAAGAUUGGAGUAGGUGCAAACAGGGCCGUUACGGCUGCCAGUUUUCUGAAAAGAUAUGGCCACAUCAGCCCUUGCAAGCAUGGUAACACGGAUUUGGACAGACUUUUCUCUGAUAACAAAAAGGGAAAUAGUUCUUAUUGUGACCAAAUUGGGGUUGCAAUCCUAGAUGAUGGAAUGCAGCAUAUCAGUUUGUGGCGUGACGUCGAGAUUGUAAUGGUGAAUGCAAUGAUUCCAUGGGGGAACCAUCAGUUAAUUCCACUUGGACCAUUAAGGGAACCUUUGACUGCACUUGCACGAGCAGAUAUAGUUGUAAUCCAUCACGCGGACUUGGUCUCAGAAAAGGACGUUGAGGCCAUAGCAUCAGAAAUUCGAACAGUAAAAAAUUCUUUUCCUAUAUUCUUGAGCAGAUUGGCACCUUUAUACUUUCUUAAAGCUCGCAACAUGUCUCACAAAUUGGCUUUGAUGGACAUCUGUAAUACACUUGUCUUAUGUGUCUCAGCAAUUGGAUCUGCUGAAUCUUUUGUUGAGACAAUAAAGAAGCUGGGGCCAACAUAUGUUGAUCAGUUAGGCUUUAGUGACCAUCAUUUAUUUCAAGCUAAGGAUAUUGAUAUGAUCAGAAUGAGACUUCGGAAUCUUCAAUCAGAGUUUUCUAUGAAGCCUAUUGUUGUUGUAACGGAAAAGGACUAUGAUAGAGCUCCCGAGGUUCUUACGUAUUUGGAUCCAUAUGAAGUGUUGGUGCUUUGCUCCUGCUUGCAAAUUCUACCUCAUAAAGGAAGCACAGAAGAAACAUUUAAGAAGUGCCUGUGGCAGCAUUUGGAGGUUGGCUGCAAGCUUCAAUUCUAAAUGCUCAGAGUAGUUAAUCUCAACAAGUCGCGAUUGAGAGCUAUAGUAGCGGUGAAUAGAAGGAGGACGGAUAACAAAAGGAAAAAUAUGCAUUUUUCCUGCUGUGGGAAUGUGACUUUGUCAGUUUGUCCCGGGAAGAUGUUGCUUACGGACUCUGAGUUAAAAGAAAGGAAUCCAUGUAUAUAUUGGCAUCAGAUUUCUUUAAUGGACUCAUUUCUGCUCAAACUAAAGAUUAGGCCCAGAAUCACAUGGGCUUUGUGAAACUGAAGAUUUUCUAGGCGUCGACACGAAGGUGGGGUCUCAACUUACUGAGUGGAAGAUCCAUCUCGAAAUUGCAUCAAGUUGACCUGGAAAAUGAUAGUAUUUGAUUACUAUAAUUGGAAGGCUCCAAAUAGACAUUAAUUCCAUUUUCCACUAUGGUCGAAAAAAUAGCCUAUUCGAUGAAACUGAAAUGUGAAACAACUAAAAUAAAGAGGCAGUGGAGCCGACAUAGUAGAAACUAAGACGCAUAUUUCAGCUUCAAUGAGGAGUUUACAGCUAUAUGAUGGACCACGCUUACAUUCCAUUCUUCCAAUUUUUCUGGUGUUUUAGGAGAAAAAGAAUUUAAUGUAUUUUGAUAUGCUGUUAUUGCGCAAGUACGUAUAAGUUUGGAUAGAAGACUAAGAAUUACUCCCUAUUAUGUUUAACUUAAAGAAAGGUUUGAAGACUCAAAGUCUCAAACAAGAUGUACCCCUAUUAAUACAUGUCUUCUCCAAAAAGUCAUUUGAAAAAUC